CACUUGGGGCAAGUUCCUGGGUAGGUGAGAAAGUGGCUGGCUGCUUGCUUAUUAAAAAGUGGAGUUCAGCGGUCUUUGUUAAUGGAGCCACUGCCACGGAGGAACUCAGGGCGUAUUUCUGUCUAGUCAAGAGUGCUGGAGGCCGAACUUGAAAUACAAGUUUAAGGUUCCCUAGAGGACGAAAGAUCAGGAGCCGAGCUCCCGGCUCCCGGUAUCCCCGCCCAGUCUGCUGCAGGAGCGGCCAACCCCGACCCGGGUUAAAACUCCCGGGAAGUCUUCGCUGCUCCCACUCUGGGUCCCCUUCAAAGCUGGGAGUCGUAGUGGGCGGCUGGAUGUGUGCGCCCUCCGGUUCCCGGGAACUUAGGGGAGGCUGCUGAGCCCCGUCGCCCGCAGGGGACCCGUAUUCGCUUUCUGCACUCUCACCCCGAAGGGUUCAGAAGGGUUUCCACCAUGAUCUCCCGGGUCUUCAAGCUGCGCAUGUGGGCCCCCGUGGGCGUCCUGACCUCGCUAACCUACUGCCUCCACCAGCGGCGGGUGGCCCUGGCCGAGCCUGGGGGCGCGGACGACCAGAAUCCUGUCGACAGAAGCCUGUUGGAGUUGAAAAUGGUGCAAGUCGUGUUUCGACACGGGGCACGGAGCCCUCUCAAGCCGCUCCCUCAGGAGGACCAGCAGGUAGAGUGGAAGCCCCAGCUAAUAGAGGUCCCACCCCAAACUCAGCUUGAUUACACAGUCACCAAUCUUGCUGGUGGCCCGAAACCACACUCUCCUUUCGACUCUCAGUACCGUGAGACCACGCUGAAGGGGGGCAUGUUUGCUGGACAGCUGACCAAGGUGGGCAUGGAGCAGAUGUUUGCCCUCGGGGAGAGGCUGAGGAAGAACUACGUGGAGGACAUCCCCUUUCUUUCGCCAACCUUCAACCCACUGGAGGUCUUCAUCCGUUCCACUAACAUCUAUCGGAACCUGGAGUCUACCCGCUGUUUGCUGGCUGGACUUUUCCAGCGUCAAAAAGAAGGACCCAUCGUCAUCCACACUGACGAAGCAAGCUCGGAAGUCUUGUACCCCAACUACCAAUACUGCUGGAACCUGCAGAAAAGAACCAGAGGCCGGAGGCAGGCUGCUUCUUUGCAGCCAGGAAUCUCAGAGGAUUUGAAGAAAGUGAAGGAAGAGAUGGGCAUUGCCAGUAGUGAUGAAGUGGACUUCCUCGUCCUGUUGGACAACAUGGCUGCUGAGCAGGUGCACAACCUCCCGAGCUGCCCCACGCUGAAGAGGUUUGCAUGGAUGAUUGAGCAGAGAGCUGUGGACACAGCCUCGUACAUCCUACAGUGGGAAGACAGGGAGGGCCUUCAGAUGGCAGUUGGCCCAUUCCUCCACAUCUUGGAGAGCAACCUGCUGAAAGUCGUGGACCCUGCCACUCCGCCCAGUAAGACCAGGAAGCUGUACCUCUAUGCAGCUCAUGAUGUGACCCUCAUGCCUCUCUUAAUGACCCUGGGAAUUUUUGACCACAAAUGGCCCCCAUUUGCUGUGGACCUGACCAUGGAACUCUACCAGCACCGGGAGUCUAAGGAGUGGUUUGUGCAGCUCUAUUACCGAGGGAAGGAGCAAGUGCCAAAAGGUUGCCCUGACCGGCUCUGUCCACUGGACAAGUUCUUGAACACCAUGUCAGUUUAUACCUUAAGCCCAGAAAAAUACCACAUGCUCUGCUCUGAAGCACAAGUGAUGGGACUUGGAAAUGGAAAGUGAUUGAUUUGUACAAGUAAGAUGUCUGGAUUUUUUAAAUAAAACGCCUUUACACAAUG